CGAAAACAAUCAUUCUAUUAGUGAUGGAGCCAAACUUCUGCAUUAAGGAGGUCUAAAAGUAUAUAUACCACCUAACCGAGGGGUUCAACAUCUUCUAUAAAUAUACAUAAAAACUAAUCUUAACCAAUAUAUAAAUAGAGUAAUUUUUCGUCGAAAGAAAUUCUGAUGAAACCUCAUGAGGCUAAGCUAGCUCCGCCCCUGCAUUCUAUUUCUACUCAACAAAGGUAGAUCUACUUACGGAAAUAUAUUGCGUAUGCUGUUGUUGUUUGGGUCUUAAUUGAAGUUAUUACUCUCAAUCAAAACUCAAAGAGGAUUUAACUGUAUACAUUUCAUACUUCGAGGGGUUAUAUGUACUUUCCAUUUCGUUCACAAAAUUCAUUUUCAAAAAACUGAAAAAUUCUCCUUUAGCCCGCGAAUUUCCUAGGGUUAGCAAAAUGGAGACAGCAAAACACACCGUCCAGUACGACGCCGUUUUACCAGCCGCCGCCACUGCCAACGACGAUGAUACUCCGACUCUAAGCUCACACACUCUUGAAGCACUGAAAGAGUUUCUCGCCGAGCAAAGCCGAGCACAAACGGAAGCUCCGUCAGCUACGGCGGCGGAGGAUGACGUGGCGCCGGUAUCGGAAGAUUGGCGGCUAAGCCAGUUUUGGUAUAACCGUGAAACAGCUGAAACUGUAGCUAAUGAAGUACUUAAUCUGUGCCGGUUGAUUGAUUCGCCGGCGGUUGCUUGUAUUGCUUGCCCUACGCUUUAUGCUUACCUCAAGAAAAUUGACCCUAAUGUACCGGCACAAAUUCUCGAGUAUGACAAACGAUUUGAACAGUAUGGAAGUGAGUUCACAUUCUAUGACUACAACCUACCAGAGGAUCUUCCUUCUUCAAUGAAACACUCGUAUCCAAUAAUUGUUGCAGAUCCUCCUUACCUGAGUCAGGAAUGCUUAGAGAAAGUUGCUCAAACAAUUUCUUUUCUCACAAGACCAGGACAAACCUACUUGCUUUUACUCACAGGUGAAGUGCAAAGGGAUAGAGCUUCAAAGCUCUUGGGUUUGCGCCCAUGCGCUUUUAGGCCAGAACAUUCCAGCAAACUAGGCAAUGAAUUUCGACUAUAUACAAACUAUGACCCAGGGACAAAGCUAGGUGGCUGGGAGCAGGUGUAACAAAUGCUUCUCCGAUUGGAAAUCUUCUCCAAAGAAUCUGUUGUUUUCCAUUCGAUUAUAAUAGAAGUGUUUCUUGAACAUACUUCAAAGUUACACAUCCUUCGAUGAAAUAUUAUCACUAGAUCUUCUUCAGUUACCUUAACAUACCUAAAAGAGCAAAAUUAUUAUUAGGAUGAUUAUGUAGUUGUAUGUAUUCUGGUUUUCGCUUUGAAGAAGGUGCUGGAAAACUUGUCUGUACAACUUAUCAAAUUUUGUCAGUUUUUACCUCUA